AUGGCCUGGUCUCCGGAUCUGCUUCCUGAUCAUGAAGAAUGGAGCACCAGCCUGUAUGAGAUGGUGAAGAAUGAUGCCAAGCGUGCCCUCUCAGGGUGUAGCUGUACUGCAGUGGGACCAGAGGCCGAGUAUGAGCAGGUGAUCCAGUUGCUGAGUGUCAAUUCCAGGCACGAAGUGGUCAAGAAAGGCGUCGUGCUUGGAAGGCAACUGGUGGAGCUGAUGGAAGGUCAGGAAAUUGCAUGGAUGGUGCUGGCAGAAUUCUGGUCAGAGAUGAUCCUAUACAUCGCUCCCUCGGACAAUGUCAGAGGUCAUUUGGAAGCCAUUGUACGGGGUGGCGAGCUGAUAACACUGCUCUGGGCAUUGCUCUCCCAUGUUGGGAUCCUGAGUCGGCCCGGCGAUGCUGCCGGCACAGCUACUACUGAUGCUGCUGCUUCUGCUCGACAUCGAUAG